CCUCAUAGAAACCCUAGAUUCUAUCCUGUUGUUAGAAAAACAGAACCCAAUGGAUUACAUUCCUUCACCAGAUUUCGUUUCUUCCAUGUUCAUAUCGGAUUUGGCCGAUCAAGAUGGAUUCGGUUUCGAAUUUCCGGAUCCUACCGCGUUCAUAUCGUUUCAGAAUUCCGAAACUCGUAAUCCCACGGUCGAUAACGGAGCCGAAGAUGAUCGGAAACGAAAUGGUUGUGAAGUGUUCGAAACUCGGGAAACGGAAAAGAGCAAGAGGAUGAGGCAUAGAGACGUCGAGAGGCAGAGGAGACAAGAGGUUUCAUCCCUUUUCAAGAACUUGAGAUCUCUCUUGCCAUUUCAAUAUAUUAAGGGUAAGCGUUCGUCAUCAGAUCACGUCCUAGAAGCCGUGAAUUACAUCAGAGACUUACAAAAGAAGAUCAAAGAACUCGACGAGAAGAAAGAUCAGAUCAAGAAAUUAUCAGAUCGAGAAAACAUAGCUUCAGGGUCUCCACCAUCUUCGACAGAGGAAUGCAGUUCAUCAUCAUCAUUAUCAUUAUCACCAUCAUCAUCAUCAUCAUCAUCAUCAUCAUCAUCAUCAAGCUGUUCUUGUGCUGAAGACAAACACGUUAGUGUAGUGGUAAUGCCUUGUUUGGGAGGAUUUGAGAUUGUGUUAAGCUGUUGUUUCAGAUACAAGCUAUGUCUCUCGAGUGUCCUUCAAGUUCUUGCCCGAGAGAAAGGGUUUAAUGUUGUCAGAUGCACCUCCACUGCACUGCAAUCGAGGCUCAUCCACAGUAUUUUUGGUCAGGCCGACCAGGGAAGAAACAUCAAUCUCGUGGAGCUGCAAGACAAAAUAAUGAAAAUGAGAAGAUGAUUUCAUAAAGGCUUAUAUAUAUAUAUAUAUAUAUAUAUAUAUGCCUUUUUUGUGAGAUUUGAGGUUGACAACGUUAAGACAUCUGUAAUUCUUGUAAAAAGGUUCAAUUGAUGACAAGAUUCAAUAAAGGAACAGAAAAGAG